AUGCCCACCUUCCUAACCAUCGACGGGCCCUACUUCAAAGACCCCCAGAACCGCCAAGUAACACUCCGCGGCAUCAACGUCGCCUCAGACGCCAAACACCCCACAACCCCUAACCUCCCCUCCCAUAUCUCGGAUAAGUUCUUUGACGGUGACCACGUCUCCUUCAUUGACCGCCCGUUCCCCGUCUCACAGGCCGACGUGCACUUCCAGCGCCUCCGCAACUGCGGCUACAACACAAUCCGCUACAUCUUCACCUGGGAGGCCAUCGAGUCCCGCGGCCCUGGAAUCUAUGACGAGGAAUGGAUUACACACACUAUCGCUGUCCUGCGUAAGGCGAAAGAGUACGACUUUAUGGUUUUUAUGGACCCACACCAGGACGUGUGGUCGAGGUGGUCGGGUGGGUCAGGCGCACCAAUGUGGACCAUCUACGCCAUGGGGCUGGAUCCGCGCGCGUUCGAGGUCACAGAGGCGGCCCUGGUGCAUAAUACAUACCCGGAUCCGUCAACGUUCCCCAAGAUGAUAUGGUCGACCAACUACCAGCGGCUGGCGUGUCUGACGAUGUUUACGCUUUGGUUCGCGGGGCGGGACUUUGCCCCGAAGUGUAUGAUUAAUGGCGUCAACAUCCAGGACUUUCUGCAGGACCAUUUUAUUGCGGCGGUGAAGCACCUGGCGCAGCGUAUACAUGAUGCGGGUGACCUGGAGGACUGUACGGUCAUUGGGUAUGAGUCACUGAAUGAGCCGAACCGCGGAUUGAUAGGAUACCAGAAGCUGGAUGCGAUCCCGACGCAGCAGAAGUUGCAGAAGGGGACGUCGCCGACGGCGUGGCAGGCGAUCCUUACGGGGUCGGGAAGGGCGUGCGAGAUUGAUACGUGGGACUUUGGUGGCACAGGGCCGUAUAAGACUGGGUCAGCGCUCAUUGACCCCAAGGGAGUGCAAGCGUGGCUACCAGCGGGCUACGACGACUCGAGAUAUGAGUGGAAGCGGGACCCGGACUGGAAGCUCGGCCAGUGUGUAUGGGCUCAGCAUGGCGUGUGGGAUCCGGCGACGGACACAAUCCUUAAGAACGACUACUUCAGCAAGAUGCCGAACGGCGAGCUGAUCGAUGCGGAGAGGUUCACAGAGACGUACUUUUUGGACUUCUAUAGAAAAUACCAGAAGGCCAUCAGGAGCGUACAUAAGACGGCAAUCCUGUUCUGCCAGCCGCCAGUAUUUGAGAUCCCACCGCAUAUUAAGGGCACCGAAGAUGCACAUGAACGGAUGGUGUAUGCACCGCACUUUUACGACGGAAUCACACUCAUGACAAAGAAGUGGAACCGCCUCUGGAACGUUGACGUCCUAGGCGUUCUCCGCGGUCGUUACUGGUCCCCAACCUUUGCCGUCAAAAUCGGCGAGACCGCUAUCCGAAACUGUCUCCGUGACCAGCUCAAAUCCAUGAAGCAAGAAGGCCUCGACAACAUCGGUCUGACGCCAUGUGUCUUCACGGAGAUUGGCAUCCCCUACGACAUGGACGACAAAGCCGCCUACAACACUGGCGACUACCUCUCCCAGAUCCGCGCCAUGGACGCCAACCACUUUGCACUCGAGGGAGCGCAGGUGGGCUUCACGCUGUGGACGUACUGCGUCGGUAACAAUCACCAGUGGGGCGACAACUGGAACGGUGAGGACCUUAGCAUCUUCAGCCUCGACGACCGGCCGCCGACGUCCUCUGCGGGCGCUGCUGUCGAUGGCGCUACAACGAUCGAUGGCGAUAACAUCAAGAAGGUCAUGUCGACAAGCACUAUGAGCACAGACCCAGAGGACAUGCAGAAGGUUGCGCCUGACGCAAUCGUGGCUGGGUCUAGAGCGGCAGAGGCGUUCGUGAGGCCGUCGCCGGUGUACACGUGUGGGACGGUGAUCGAGGCGGGGUUCAACCUGGCGAAGGCUUCGUUCGAGAUGAAGAUCUCGGCGAGCAGGGCGACGGAGGAGGAGGCGCCGACAGAGAUCUUUGUGCCGCCGUUUCACUUUCCGAAGAGGGACGUGAGGGUCGAGGUUACGGGGGGCAAGUGGGAGUAUGAGGAGGAGCGCAGCGUGCUGAGGUGGUGGCACGCAGAGGGCGAGCAGGCUAUCAAGAUUGUGGGCGUGGGGAAGAUGGGGCUCGAGUAUGAGGAUGAGGGGUACUUGGGCAUGGUGUGGGGCGGGUACAAGAGUUGUUCCAUAAUGUAG